GGGUCUUCUGAUUACUGUUUUAUUCCCCAUACUCUCAUCAGCUGCAUUCAUGGCUCCCCAGCUCUAUCUCUCCACUACCCUGUUCUUUUUCCUCGUAUUCCCACCAAUUUUUUCGCUGAAUUUCAAGUCUAAUUGUUGUUGACAUAUCUAUUUUCUUUUGUGUUCUUGCACGUUUCGAUAUUUAUUUUUGGUUGUUUUGUGGUCAACUCUUCUGGUUAAGUGAACUACAGAGCAGGCAUGAGAGAAGGGUUGGCUCAAAGUCUAAAUUUUUAUCCUCUCAAUGUGGUUCUGCUGCUUCUCUGCCUACAUGAAUCCUGUUGCAGCUCAUUGGAUUAUCAGACAAGUUCUGUGAUUAUGGACAAAAGGGCAGAUGCCCUUUUGCCUGGGAUCUCCCCAACUUCAGCUCCUCAGCCUCUUCUUCCUCUUCUUGCACCUUCUCCAUUGACACCAUUUACAAAUAACACUAUCCCAAAGUUAUCAGGACUCUGUACGAUGAACUUUGCUGCUGUUGAAAGCAUGAUGAGCAUGACAUCAAUUGAUUGUCUGGCUGUUUUUGCACCAUUUCUAGCUAAUGUAAUAUGUUGUCCACAGUUGGAAGCCACUCUAGUCAUUCUUAUUGGUCAAUCUAGCAAAGAUACCAACAUGCUUGCUUUAAAUGGGACACAUGCAAAGCAUUGCCUCUCAGAUUUUGAGCAAAUUCUGGUGGGUCAGGGUGCCAAUGAUAACCUACAGAAGAUAUGUGCAAUCCGUCCAUCAAACCUCACUGGUGGUUCUUGCCCAGUCAAAAAUGUUAAUGAGUUUGAGAAAACAGUGGAUUCUUCCAAGUUUCUUGCAGCCUGUGCAAAAAUUGAUUUUGUCAAUGAAUGUUGUGGGCAAGUUUGUCAGAACACCAUAUUGGAAGCUGCUACAAAGCUUGCAUUAAAAGCUUAUGAUCUACUGAGCAUGGAUGGAUCCCACACAUUGUCCGAUCAUUCAACUCGGGUUAAUGAUUGCACGAGUAUCACACUGCGAUGGCUGGCAAGUAAACUUGACCCUCCUCAAGCAAAGGGAAUUCUGAGAGGACUAUCCAAUUGCAAAAUUAAUAAAGGUGAGGCAGGAGCAAAAAGAAUCUCUUUCAGAGUCUUUUGUAACAUGUGGAGUCUUCGAUCAUUAUUAAAGAGAUUCAGCAGGGGGAUUUCCUAAGUCAAAUCAUCAUUAGAGGAAAGGCAUCCUGGAUUCCUACGUCAAAUUCAUGUAGAUUUUAUUCUCUCCCUAUAUCCAUAUAAGUAUACAGAGGUGGCCUAGUGGACCAGGCUCCUGGAAUUGUGGGGCUUGGAGAGUGUAGAUAUACGUAAUCUUGCCUCCGACUGUUUCUGUGAUAGAUGUAAUUAUACAUAUUUACUUUGUAUUUAUACUCAUAUCUAUAAAUAUGUGGUGGUGGUUUGGGGGUGAUGUUGGGAGGU